UGCUCCACCGGCCCCAUCCAAUGCUGCGAAUCCACUGAGAGUGCCGCCUCUCCCGACGGUGUCGCGCUCUUGGAUUCUCUCGGCGUCGUCGUGCAGGGAGUCAACGUCCUCUUGGGCCUUGGCUGCUCUCCGAUCAGCGUCAUCGGCGCUGGCGGCGGUGCAUGCAGCGCCAACGCCGUGUGCUGCGAGAACAACAGCUUCGGAGGCCUGGUUUCCAUCGGCUGUGUCCCGGUCAUCCUCUAA